UUGGCUAUAGUUAUUCCACGUACUUCGUUCUCACGACAUUGGUUUUUAACCACCCAGGAAGUGAGAAGUCGGUCAAAACUUCUGAUUCUCAGAAAGACCGUCACAAGUGCCAGGUCUCGGCUGCCAUGUCUGUCUUCCUCGCCAUCGUGUUCCUGUCUUUGAACGUGGCAAACUCUGGAGGGGCCAUCAAACCUGUGGUGACCUUCACACCCAACUGGGGGAAUAUAUUAUUCUAUGACAGUGUGACUCUAAUAUGUGAUGUGCCGUCUACUGAGGAGCCCCGGACCUAUCGCUGGUACAAAGAUAAGAGACCAAUACCAGAAGAGCAACAGAGUCUUUGUAUAAAAUAUUCAAGAGAGAAGGACAGUGGAGAUUACCAGUGUCAGACCAUCGGUGGUGAUAUCAGUGAUCCCGUCUUCCUAAAUGUUACGAGAAGUGAGUGAUCUCAUCUCAUCUCCAUCAUUACAGAUUGUUGGGUGUGAAUAGAACAACAUAAAGUAUCAUUUUAUUACAUUUCAGAUUAUGUCAUCCUGCAGAGACCCCCAUCUGCCAUCUAUGAAGGAGACCCCCUGACUCUGAGAUGUCGUCAUUGGGGAUUAUAUAUUGCAAUAAACACAAAAUUCUACAAGGAAGAUCAGGAGAUAAAACCAUCAGAA